AUGGCAAGGGAGAGGAGGCACGUUCGCCAUGUGGCUGAACCGUCGUCUGAGACACGCCGGCACACGAACACCACGAACACCCGCCCGGCAGCACAGGCCCCCCUUAUCUCCUUUCAACAAGCGCGGGAGCGCGCCCUCCCCCCGCCCCCCCCCCCUCCUCCAGCGCUAACGAGGGCUAACGAGGCGCGCCUGCCCCCAGGCCUUCCUCCAGGCGCCACGGCACUCUUCCCGUCGUCCUCAAUGAUCGACGGGCGAGCCCCCCUGCGCAGCCUCUGGCCUGCGACUUAA